AUGACAGCAAGAUCGAGCGAACAUCAACGACUUCGAUGGAACUCUGGCAAGGAGCGCUUUCCGGAUCCACAAUCUUUGGUAAAAGAUCUUAAUCAUAAUGGUUUCAAAGCAAUCUGGAUGCUUGACCCGGGGAUCAAAUAUGAAGAGGGUUACUUUGUUUAUGAUAGUGGUUCUGAAAGAGACCUCUGGAUUCAAACAGCAGAUGGAAGGCCUUUUGUUGGGGAGGUGUGGCCAGGGCCUUGUGUUUUCCCGGACUUUACACAGUCAAAAGCUCGUCUGUGGUGGGCUGGUCUUGUUAAAGGUUUCAUUGCUAAUGGUGUGGAUGGUAUAUGGAAUGAUAUGAAUGAGCCAACUGUCUUUAAGGUUGUAACAAAGACGAUGCCUGAGAGCAAUGUUCAUGCGGGAGAUCUUGAACUUGGUGGUUGUCAGAAUCACUCACAUUAUCACAAUGUUUAUGGUAUGCUGAUGGCAAGAUCAACUUAUGAAGGCAUGAAAUUAGCUAAUGAAAACCAGCGCCCAUUUGUUCUUACUCGAGCUGGGUUUAUAGGUAGCCAACGGUAUGCUGCAACAUGGACAGGAGAUAACCUUUCUACGUGGGAGCAUCUCCAUAUGAGUAUAUCCAUGGUUCUACAACUGGGGCUUAGUGGUCAGCCACUUUCAGGACCAGAUAUUGGUGGUUUUGGUGGGAAUGCAACACCCAAGCUGUUUGGAAGGUGGAUGGGUGUGGGUGCCUUGUUUCCCUUUUGCCGUGGCCAUUCUGAGACUGACACGAUUGACCACGAGCCUUGGUCUUUUGGGGAAGAGGUUGGUUCACUUUAUAUCGAAAUGCUAGUACCUUACUUCAAACCAAUUGGUUUUUUAGAUGUGGAUGUUUCAUUUUAA